AUGGUUGAAAUCAACAGGCGGUUUUCUAGAGCCCAAUUUGGCCAACAAUAUGUGCCUAACUCAUCGCCAUUUCCUCAGCCCAUUGGCAAUCAAAACAUGGGCACCAAUAGUUCGUUGAAUUUGAGUGAAUAUAAUAACAGCAAGACUAGACUACAGAUACCGCCAAAUAUGAAGAGUUCGGAUUCGAUCUUCUCUGUGGGCACCAAUGCAACUAAUGCCACCAAACGAAGAUUUUCCAUGAGAAACAAUGCUCCUAAAAACUACACUACAGACAACUACUCGGCACCACCUCUUCCUGCAACAGCACAUUCCCAGAUUAUUUCCGAAUCGUACACUAGUUUCCAGGAUAUGGAUACAGUUGGUGAAAAUGAUGGAAAUGAGUCUUUUGAAACCGAAAAUGGCUAUAAAAAAUCGCCGCAUGAUGUUUUGCUUGAAUUAGGCAAUUCUAAUUUCAAUGUUGAUCAAUUUAUGAAAGAGCAAUUAGUUAAUGCGGAUGCUUCACAAAUUGACGAUUUUAUCCAAACUGUCGACGAACUCAAUAUAAGUAAUGAAAAAUCUGUCAAGUACAUUUUAACAGAUUCUACGAGCCAGGUAUUGAAUGUUAGCAAGGCUUUCAAAGAAACACACGAUGGAUUAGUUUCCUUGAAGCCUAAAAUAAAUGAAUUAACAGAUGUGCUAAGUCAACAAUUAGAAGCUGCGCAAGAAUACCUAAGUAAAAUCGAAUCGGAUGGAAGAGGCAACACGAACUUGGCCGUGCCAUCCAAUAUUAAUAGACAAUCGGUUAUGUUCUUGCAAAGUAGAUGGAAUGCAUCGGUGAAGAAAAUAUACGCGGAAGUAGCUCGUGCGCAUGACUUGCUUCCUUAUUCGGAGUCGAGGCAUGUCAUUAACACCUCCCACCGUUGGAGUGAAUUGAAUUCGAUAACCUGCAAACAUGUUCGUCCGGUAACUAUCACCAUUUUCAAUGAUUCGAUCUUAGUAGCUUCGAAAACGAAUAGCUCGAACACCGGUUCGGCAUUAAGGGAAAACAGCAAAGUUUUUAAAUACACUGCAAUUUAUUUCUGGUCAAUCGAAAGUGUCACAAUUCAGAAAUGUGCCCUGGGUAAAGCUUCAAAUUCUAAGGACCCGUCAGCCUCGUCACAUAUAAAGUCAAAGGGCAGUGGAAAUACCAAAAAUACCGCAUUAUUGAUUGAGAAUAAAGACACCAAUCAGACAUUCCUGUUUAGUGCUGAUAUAGAAAAAGAUUUUUCAGAUACUAUUUCCGCUAUAAAGAGGGCCAGAAAUGAGGUUGCAUCUAAUAAAAGAAGAAGUGCAAGAGAUUCUACAUCGGCGCAUGCGAGAGCUGACUCGAGAAUAAGUAUCACAUUGGAUGAGAGGAGUAGUAACCUUGAAAGGAAAAUCAAACCGGAAUUUAACCAAUGUGUUUUAAUGAUAGAUGAUUUGAUGACAUCUGUUUCUCUUGAAUUAGGGUUGAAACGUUUUGAUGAAUGUGUUGGUUACCUUAAAAGUCUAGAGGGAGAAUUGGAAACUCUGUCACAGAUUGCUAUUGCAGUCGGCGUUCCAAAAGCUCUCCUGAACAAGUCAACGUUUCCUUCAAGUAAGGUCCAAGUGUCUGUUUUUGCACAACAUGUUCAUCUUAUAUACAAUCUAAAAUCAUCAGAAUGUAGGUCUCUUACAGAUAGGUUGGUCAAGACGUUGCUGGUGGAAGUUGAGUGCUCAACGUCAGAUAAGAAAUAUAUGAAGGAGAUCAUCGAGAUAUUCAAAGUACUGAAUAAAGAGAAAGAAGCAGUUGAAACUUAUUUAAAGUCCAGAGGUAAAGAACUGGAGGAUUGUGUUGGUAUGAUAAGAGUUGGAGGUAGUGGGCUAUCCAGUGGUAACAUUUCUAUAGAUUUGAUGAACCAGCAGUAUGUUGUUCGAAAUGAUUCUGUAAGCAAUAGAAGAUCGGGAAUCAUGUCACGCCCCUCAAGUGUGGGUGGUACACCUGAAAGUGAAUUAGCAGUACCAAAAAAAACAACUGAUGUAACCGUUGAUGUGGUAGGAGAAUUGGUGACUGCCUAUGUUCGUGAGCUAUCGCUCGUUUACAUGGGUUACAUAAGCAGAGUGUGUGAUGAGUGGAAUGAGUUUUUCAUUGAUGAGUCUGACAACCCUAAGGAGACACAAAAAGCCAAGAAGCUGUCGAAUAUUCGACUUAUUGAGUGGGUUAACGGAUACAUUGAAGAGAUGAAGAGAUCGGUACAAUUAACGUUGAUGGAUUAUGAUAAAAGUGGUGAAGUGUUUAGGUCGAGUGUUGAGAUUAUGAAAAAUGUAUUUGAUGGCUUGAAGGACAGAGAAAUGAAUGUUGAUUACCUAUUAGAGUUAUAA